UAGAGCAGAACGCCGAUGUUCGGUACUGUGUUCUACUUUGGUUUAUUCUUCGUUUAGCAUAUAUACAUGUAUAGUAUAGGUUUUCCACCAUAGCCAGAACAUGGACCAUCUCUGGUUUUCCCGGCAAAAUGGCGCAGAUGAGAGCCGGCGCCCACACCACACACCACCCGUUCUCUGUCUUCUCUUGUUUCCCCCUUUUUUUCCCUGAACAGGUGUGAUGCUUAGACUGAUCGACGUUGAGUGGCGUUUCUGUUAUAUCAUGGAAAGAGGAGGGCCUUUAUGGGGGAAAUAGACCGCGAGAUUAACAACCCCCGCCUUUUCUCUCCCGGUUUUCCCACCUAAAAAACAAACAACGUUUAAAAAUCAACCGUGCUGCAACCACGACGAGGGAGGGACGUGCCUCUCCACCUCCCUUCCUCCAUUUGCGAGGCCUCUGUUCUUGAAUCUGGUAGUGGCUGCGAGUUUCUUCUUCCUUCAGUCUCAGAAGUCGACUCGACUCUAUUCGAUUGCGGUCUUUCACCUUUGUUCGAUUGGCGUUUGUUUUUGGUUCCCCUUGUCUAGGGUUUCCGAUGCAUCGCGGCAUUUUGACCGAGAUGCUGAAGAAGAAGAUAUUUCCGUUCUCGGAGAAAUGGGUAGUAAUUUUGAUCGGGUGCUCGGCCGUGGUGAUUUCCUUGCUUUUCCUUGUUAAUUUAGGCCGAUGGGCACCGUCGGCGGCAUCCGGCACCGGGGAGCCCGAGAAGUCGUCGGAUUCAGGAUUUCUGAGUACGCCGAGAUUCGCGUACCUGAUAACUGGGACGAAGGGGGACGGGCAGAGGGUGAUGAGGUUGCUUCGGGCUGUUUAUCACCCGAGGAACCUGUACCUACUCCACCUCGACCGGGAGGCGCCGGCGUCGGAGAGGCUGGAUUUGGUGAGGGUGGUGAAAUCAGAGGGGGUGUUUCGGAAGGCGGACAAUGUGCGUGUUGUUGGGAAGCCCAAUCGGAUUACCUACAUGGGACCGACGAUGAUCGCGUGUACGCUUCACGCGGUGGCCAUCCUCAUGAGGCAGAAGAGGGACUGGGAUUGGUUCAUCAACCUCAGCGCCUCGGAUUACCCUCUGAUGUCACAAGAUGACCUGCUUCAUGUUUUCUCCUACUUGCCCAGAGAUCUGAACUUCAUUGAGCACACAAGUAACAUCGGAUGGAAAGAGCACCAAAGAGCAAGGCCGAUCAUUGUUGAUCCUGGAUUGUAUCAUUUGAACAAAUCGGAUAUAUUCUGGGCCACACAGCGCCGUAUUAUGCCUUCUUCUUUUAAACUAUUUAUGGGAUCGGCAUGGGUGGUGCUUUCUCGAUCGUUCAUGGAGUUCUGCAUAUGGGGUUGGGAUAACCUCCCUCGCACACUUCUUAUGUACUAUACAAACUUCCUGUCUUCGCCUGAAGGGUAUUUCCACACGGUCAUAUGCAACUCAAAGUACCAGAACACCACACUCAACAGCGAUCUCCAUUACAUUUUGUGGCAUAAUCCGCCUAGGCAACACCCUAUAUCCCUCUCUCUAAAACAUUACGAGGGCAUGGUGGAAAGUGGAGCACCCUUUGCACGCAAGUUCUUGAAGAACGAUCCUGUUAUCGACAAAAUAGACGAGGAACUUCUGGGAAGAGCCAGAGGACGGUUCACACCUGGAGGAUGGUGCACCGGAAGAUCUGUGCUUGGUUCUAACCGCUGCUCCGUCCUUGUAAAUCAAGACCUAAUCAGACCUGGUUCUGGCUCCAAGAGGUUGGAAAAACUACUGCUAAAACUUUUAAGCCCUGAAAAUUUCAGACCUCAACAAUGUAAAUAGCAGCUAUCUAAGAGAUAUUCUGCUUGAUGGUUCAUCUAUUCAUGGCGGGUACAGCAUGCUUGCCCCUGUACUAUUUUUUUUAAGGGGAUCUGAAGGAUGCCAUAUAAGUGUUUAAAUUGUUAUCAGAGAAAAUGGCUUCCGUUUUCUGCAUUGUCAUUCAUCUACAGCUAUAGGGGCUUUGUUGCCAUCUCCAUAUCCAAGGCUCUAGUAACUGGCUCUUGAUAAUGUAUUUUCCAAUCUGCAGAUUGCAUUUUGUAAGGAUUAGUAUUUCAACCCUUUC